GAAAAACGUAAGAAACCAUCUUUAAUAGGAAUUCACAAAAUUCCGAAACUUGCUUCUUUGGCUUUAUCUCCUCUGACUUCAGAUAUUAAUACUCAAGAAAAAAUUCAACCAACUUUACCAGAAAAAAAGGAUGAAUAA